UAAUGUUAAGUGCAGAAAGAUCAGAUAUUGAUAUUGCUAAUAGUAAUAAUAAUAUUAGUUCAUUAGAUAAAACACAAAAUGAGUAUUUAGGUGAAGAUAAUAAAGAAAUUGAAGAUAAUGAAGAAUGUGACUUAACUUAUAUUUCUGAGAUGGAAUUUGGUGAGUAUCUUCAAGGAUGGGUAGAAAUGUUGAAUAAAGAGGAAAAAGCAGAUAUAAUCAAAGAUCAAAAUGAUCUUGUAGAGUUAAAUAAUAGUACUUAUCUGGCUCUAGAUAAAGAUGCAAAAUAG